AGGGAUUCAACGAAGACUGACUACACGUACGCUCAGAGCUAUAGCUAUAAUCGGCGUAUAGAGCGGUCAAAGCUGUUUGACUGGUCGGUGCCAAACAUGUCUCGUAAGAGUAUCAUAACGUCGGCGAAGAGCGUGUCCUCGAAGUCGACGUCGAGUACGCUAUCGAAACUGGAACUCAUCAACAAUUCCAUCAAUUCAUCCGAAACUAUGUCUACGGCUGACUCCGAGAGGGAGUCCUCUGUGAUGUCAGACGCCCGCCGGUCGCCUAAAAAGGCCGCUAAGGAUCAGAUGUUCACCAGAAGUAACUGUUUGGGUGGCAAUCAAUGCGAGGCCGGUUGUGAAGUGCAUAAGAAGAUGAGAAGGAGAGGAGGCAACAGAUCCGCGGGUAUUGUUAUACCGAAUUCAGGUCAAGGACUUGAGCCAGAAAUUGAAUUCAGUGAUGACGACGAAUAUGCAAUGCAUAACAGAUUGAAUCAUCAAAUACUCGGCGAUUAUCAACACAAUGGCUACAGAAUUACCGCAAACAACGGUAGAAAUACCAGAAGACAGCUCUACAGCGAAGACGAUGACUACGACGACGACGAAGAAGAAGAUGAGAUAACAGUUGUUAGAAGAGUUACAAAUAUAUUUAAGACGACAAUCAAUAGUACCUCAAAACUGAUAGAUUCUGUGACACCACCUGUGCUGAAACGAGUCCACAAUAAGUGCCCUUCGCUUUGCCUUUUCAUUGUUUUGUUGCCAUUUCUCGCGGGUUUCGUAUACUUAAUGAGUCAAUACAUGUCUAGUCCUAACAUAUUGUGGUCGUCGUCCGCGUCGUUCAGUCCAUUGGAUGGACUGACGAUUGGCGGCGGCGGUGGCAGUGAUAUGGCGUCCAAACACGCCAUCAAUGAAUUGAUUAAAGAGAUGAAAACAAUUCGUUACGAUUUGCAGAGUUUGAAGGAUUCAAACAACGACUUUAAGUCCAAAAUGCAAAGCAAUGACAACGAAAAGUGGUCUCAAUUUGAUGAUAGAGUGGCCACAAUUGAAGAGCAUUUGAAUCAUUAUAUGAAAAAUUGUUGCCGAAAUGAUACGGACGUCAUGUUAGCGAUGAUUGACCAGCGGUUGUCUGAAUUCAUGUCAUCGAUGCUCAACGAACAGCGGACUUCGCGACCGACGAUGACACCCACCGAAGCCGCUCAAGAAUUGAAGCAAUUCAUUAGCCGUGAGUUGAGUAAAACGAAUGGCGUUUUCAUGGAAUCGAUUGAACACAAACUGUUGGCAACUGUCGAUCGGCUCGAGAGUCAGAUAACAACCGCCAAAACAUCUGACGAUCAGUCGUCGAAUAUAACUAUCGCUGAGAUCAAGUCACUGAUCAGUCAGGCGCUGGCCAUCUAUGACGCCGACAAGACUGGUCAGCCCGACUUCGCGUUAGAACCCGCAGGCGGAACUAUUGUCAACACCCGCUGUUCCGAGACAUUUGAUCCGCACGGCGUUCAAUACAAAGUGUUUGGUAUACCGUUCUGGAGCUCAUCGGUGAGUCCGCGGGCCGUAAUUCAGCCGACAAUAAGUCCGGGCGAGUGCUGGGCGUUCAGGGGAUCCAACGGCUAUUUAGUGAUAAAACUGUCGCAACCGAUACGUCCGACCGGUUUCUCCUACGAACACAUUCCCAAACAGAUCUCCAGAGACGGGAACAUCGAUUCCGCGCCCAAAGAGUUUCAGGUCCGGGGCUUAGACUCCGAGAGUGACCCUAACGGACGACUUCUGGGCAAUUAUGUGUACGAAGACAACGGCUCUCCGAUGCAGUACUUCGAUGUCGAAGACCCGAAUCCGCCGCCCAUAGAGUUUAUAGAGGUAGUGAUACUAUCAAAUCACGGCCACAACGAAUACACGUGUCUCUACCGCUUCCGAGUGCACGGAAAACGAGUUAACAUUUGA